AUGAAGGCGGCGCGGUGGAUGGGCACUCACGACGUGGAAGUCGGGCUUGUCCCUAAGCCCAUGAUCACCGACCCCAGCGAUGCCAUCGUUCAAAUCACACACUGCUCCAUCUCCGGCUCUGAUAUCCACCUGUACGAGGGCGACCUGAACAACUCCAUGAAAAAGGGCGAUAUUCUGGGUCAAGAAGCCGUCGGGCUCGUCGAAGAAGUCGGCCCGAACGUCAAGUCCAUUACGCCCGGUGACCGAGUCAUCAUCUUACCCAUUGUUGCAUGUGGGAGAUGUGACUACUGUCAGCGCCAGGAGUACUCACUUUGUGAUGUCAGCAACCCAUAUUCGGAAAUGGAGGUCCUCUACGGUCAUCGUCUGUCUGGUAUGCUAGGGUUUAGCCGACUCUGCGGCGGUUAUGCGGGCGACCAAGCGGAAUACUGUCGUGUCCCUAAUGCCGACCUAAGCUGCGUCAAAGCCCCACAGGAUAUUGAUGCGCGCAAGAUACUCGGGCUAGCGAAUGUGAUCACAACCGCCUGGCAUGCGCUAGAGCUCGCAGAAGUACAACCCGGCGAUAUUGUUGGGGUAUGGGGCUGUGGGCCUGUCGGUUUAUCGGUGCAACGACUCGCCAAACUUCGUGGCGCAAAGAAGAUCUAUGCAAUGGAUCGGGAUCCGCAGCGAUUACGCUUGGCGGGAGAAUUUGGAAUGACACCGAUCGAUGUGAAUGAUCACUCGGAGGUGGGCGAGUACAUCCUUUCCAUCCAGCCAAAGGGUCUUGAUCGUUCCAUUGAAGCGUGUGGGUUCCGUAGUACGACGCGAUCCCCUCAUGCCGCCGUGCGGGCAAAGGGCUUGGAGCGAGACAGGGGUGAUACUGUCGGGGCGAUCAUCAAGGCGACGCGCAAGGGUGGAAAUGUGGCGUUAAUCGGUGAUUUUUUCUUUUCGACGCAUGAUUUCCCGAUUGGAGCCUUGAUGCAAAAGGCUUUGACGGUGCGGGGAGGCCAGGCUUGGCCACAAAAGACUGACAAGCUGCAGUAUCAUCCGUUCCUAUUGAAUCUGGUCAUCGAUGGAAAACUGGACCCUUCCUGGAUGUUCACGUACGAGGACGAAUUCGAGAACAUUGCCGAUCACUACCAGCGAUUCGCCAAGCAUGAAGUCCCUGGUGGGUUGAAGGUGUGUCUGGUGACAUCGUUUGGGCGGAGUGAACGCCUGCAACCCAGCAGUGACAUGCUGGUGGAUCGCAAUGACUAA